AUGGCGAUCAAGCACAACCAGCAACUCCCCAACAAUCACUUCCACAAGGACUGGCAGCGCCGCGUGCGCGUGCAUUUCGACCAGCCAGGCCGCAAGUCUCGACGCCGAGCCGCUCGUCUGGCCAAAGCCGCCGCCGUUGCGCCCCGUCCAGUCGACAAGUUGAGGCCUGUGGUCCGAUGUCCUACGAUCAAGUACAAUCGACGUGCGCGUGCCGGUAGAGGGUUCACAGUGCAGGAGUUGAAGGAAGCCGGCAUCCCCCGCAAACUCGCAUCCACAAUCGGCAUUGCCAUCGACCCGCGCCGCCUAAACACCAACCAAGAAACGCUGACGCUGAACGUCCAACGCCUCAAGACCUACAAGUCGCGCCUGAUCCUCUUCCCCCGCAAGUCCGGCCAGUUCAAGAAACUCGACAGCUCGGAAGACGACGUCAAGCUGGCCUCUGACAGCAGCAAGAUCGCCAAGAAGAUCACUGGCGUCCUGCCGAUCGACAGCGGCGUGGGCAUCAAGCAUGCGUUCAGCGAGGUGAAGAAGGGUGACAUGCCCAGCGGCGAGGAGGCUGCGUACACGAAGUUGAGGAACCUGAGGGCCGACGCGCGGUACGUGGGCGCACGGGAGAAGAGAAACAAGGCCAAGGCCGAGGCUGAGGAGGCGAAGAAGAAAUAA